AAAAGCCGGUGUGGCUGUAGGUAGCGGGCGAAAGGAGGAGCCCGAGCCGAGCAGGAUAAAACCAUGAAGAAAAUUGAAGUUUUCUUGAAUUCUACUUUCCCCGUUUUCCCUUGAAGUUUUACUGUGAACAAUUAGUUUUAAAUAAAUUUUCUGUUAAAGGACUUUUUUGGUAAUCUUAUCAAGAUGAUUACAUCAUGUCCACAAAGUCCAGAAACACCAAAGUUUUCAUUGAAUUCUCUUAGAAGAGGAAAUGCACCGAUUAAUGCAGUUCUUUCAAAAAAUAUACCUUCAGAAACUCUUACACCAUUAAAAGAUUUAGUGAAAUAUAAAAACAACAAUUUAAAUGACAACAAUACAAAUGACCUUAAAGAGCACUUGAGCUCAGAAACAGAACAAUGUAAGAAUGAAAUCAGUUCACUUCGGUCAACAAUAAUAGCUGGUAAUCUUGGCUCUGACAAUUUUUCGGAUGGCUCUGAUGAAAAAGCUAAUGAACACAGAGAAGCAACAUUUUUUCCAAAUGAGGAAGUUUUCAAAGGAAACAAAACUUUUGACAUUGUAACCUAUGACUCUCCUGCAAAAAUAUUUCAAAGAAUGAAAGCAAGGUCACUAGAAGCUACUCAAAAGCAGUCACUUAAAGACAGUAUAUCGUUGGAGUUACAGAGAAGUCAAAGAGAUGUGAUCUUGAGCCCUCUUUCACUGGAGAAAAGUAAACUGGAUAAGACUUUUAUUUCUGGCUUUCCUGAUUUUCACAAAGUGUCAUCAGAUGAUCAUUCAUUUUCAGGUGAACCUUCUGUUUCUUCAGGAAGAAAAACCUCUUCCCUACCUAGUGAGGCUCCCCUGAUAAAUUUCCAGAAUAAAUUUUUCCUUCCAGUAAAACAAAAGAUCCCAUAUCAGCAAGAAAACCAAUCUUUUCAUCAGAAUUUAACUUAUGACAUUACAACUUCGAAAGAAAGACAUGAAAACAUUUCAACUUCAGUAAUUCUGAGUGAAGCAUUAGCCAGAUCUGCCAGGCUCGUUCAAGACGAUGAAAACAGAAUUACAAGUGUUGAAUUCAGCUUGUCUGAUACCCUUAUUUUGGAAAGCAUCGAUGCUGAUGAUGAAAGAUCUCAAAGUCCUAAUACUAAUGGUAUCAGUAUUGACUGUGUACCAGCUAACACGGGCAACCAGUUAUCAAAAUGUGACAGUGAAGUGCCUACAAAAGGAUCAUUAGAUCAGGAAAUGAGUGAAGAAAAUGAAGAAAAAAUCUCUGAGACUGUCCAACAGGGUUCUGCAUCAGAUACGUUCAAAGUUUUGACUGCAGCUCCUAAAACUCACAUAGUAGCACCAGAGAAAAAAGUUUCUAAGGUUUCCACAAGUGUAUCACACACCAAUAAAAAUGCAUUCACUACCAAAAAAAAGGAAAUUUGUCUCCAGAAAUGGAUGAUUAGGAACAUGAAUAAUAACACUGCUGUGUGUGUAGAAGGAAAAUUGAUAGAUACUCCUGACUUAUAUUGGCAUAGUAAUGCAAUUGUUGAACGUCUUGACUACAACAGACUUAGGACUAUAUCAGGCAAUAUCUAUGUAUUAAAAGGAACAAUAGACACAAUUUCCAUGAAAGAAGCAGGGUUUCCAGCUAGUUUUACCAGGAAGUUUAUAUUUGGAUUUCCAAAAAACUGGAAACAAUAUGUUGAUGAUUUGUUACAAGAAUUAAGGACAUUUUCUAAGAAAGGAAAAAAAUGUAAAUUGGACCAACAAAAAACAGAUAAAUCUGUCUUUGACACAAAGAUGAAAAAAAGUGAUACAUCAGAAGAAACUGGAACAGAAGUGGUCUCCAAAAAUGCCAAAACUAAAAAUACUACUUUUGAUGUUUCUGAAAACUGCUCUGAAAUACCUAUUGAGUGUAAUGCUUUACAUAGAGCUACAGAACUAAACAUGUUUCAUACUGAUCAGCAUCAUAAAGAACCUUUAAAAUUGCAGCGUGAUGAACAUAAUUGUGAUAAUCAAAUGAAUGUCACUUUCCAAACUGGAGGAAAAACCUAUCUACCUAAAGAGGAAUCAACUUCAAAAAAUGAAAGUAAACUGAUGACUUCUCCAAAGAAAACCAAAAAUCAUGAAGCUAAAACAAAUGAAACAAUAUUUAAAAGUCUAAAGAGAGUAAGAAAGAAUGUGGCUAAAGACAUCACUCAAGAGUUGAUUGAGUCCAUUGAUACACAGUCUUCAAGGGAAGAGUUUCUUUCAGAUACAGAAAAAAUGGAAUGUAUGAAUAAUAUAAAGAAGAAACUUACUGUCAUGUUAACACCAAUGAAUUCUAAAAAGACACUGGAGCAAAAAUGUAAAGAUAAUAAUUUGUCCACUGACACCAUGAAAAGAAUCUCAGAGCUUGCUUUGCCAAAGCAUAAAAAUGGUGGCAACAAAGCUGACUUGAGGAAAAAUAAAAACAACAGAUUUUUAAGGUCUUUAGAAAAGACAUUUGGAAGUGGCUUAGUACACAAAACUGAGGAUGAGGAUGAUACUGGCAUAUAUGCUUCAGUCACCAUCAACCAGAAAAUUAAAAUGUCAUCACCUCCAAAGGAGCAAAGUUCUACUUCUGACUCUGAGAGAAAAAUAAAAAAGUCAUUAAGACUAAAGAGAAUUGAACCUUCUGGAAAUAUUUUGUCCCACAAAAUUCAAACCAAGGUGACAGAGAUCUCUGGUCAAGAAAGUGAAACAGAAGAGGAAUCCAGAAAGAAGGCUCAACUUGGCAUGAAAACAAGGCAGAAGGAAACCAAGGAAACUGUAAUUAACCAGUCAAAAUGCAAAAGGAAAGAUACUAAGAAAAGCCCAGUAAUAUUGGAACAAGAAAGUGAAGAGAGCGAUAAAGAUAUUCACUCUAAGACAAAGAAACCUACCUCUUCUUCCAGCAAAACUUCUGUUCGGAAGAUUGGUAACCGGAAAAAGUUUUCAUCAGCAGAGGUGAUGGGAUCUAGAAAAAUAAAGGAUCAGCCUUUGGAGUGCUUUCCAGAUUUAAUUAAAGAGGAUAACUGGACUGAGAAGGAGUUACAGAAAUUUCCAGGGGCUUUGUCAUCUGUGCCAAAACAAAAACGUGGUUUCCGGUUGAAUGUAGCCACCUCUAUGGGACCUCGGACUACCGAAGAAUCCCAGAAGAAACAUACAGAAGAGCACCAAGAAAGAGGUUCUAGGAAACGUGCCAUCAAGAAAAUGGUACCCGGCUCCAAAGUCUCAAAUGGCACAGAAGUUGAUACUGAUACAAACCAACCUGUAAGGAUAACUGCCAGAGUGGGAACUCUAAAAAGAAAACAGCAGAUGAGAGAUUUCUUAGAACAACUGCCUAAGGAUGAUCAUGAUGAUAUGUUCAGUGGAUCGCCUUUGCAUAAGCAAAGAAUACAGUUACCAAAUUUUGAAGUCAGUCAGGAUGAUGAUUUCCCACAUAUGGACAGAGAUCCAACAACUCCAUCUUCAGUAAUUUAUCCCUUGGCAAAAACCCCCCAGUGUCAACAUGUCAGCCCUGGUAUGCUGGAAUCUGUUAACAGGAAAGAUUGUGAUAAAUAUGUGUUUCAAAUGCAAAAGGAGAAUAAAAGUUAUGGUGGUAUGGUAUGGGCCAAUGUCAAGAAGAAACCGGUUGGAUCUGAUUUUACAACUCCAACAUCUAGAAGAACUCAGUUUAAUAGAGGAAUGAAAUCUGAUAUUGGAAAACUCUUCAGUUAUACGACAAAACUGAAUUUUGAUGAAGAAGAACAAGAUGAUUAUUUCUCCAACUCUGAUUCUGCAGAGUAAAAUCAGAACACACGAAUUCCAGCGUUUAUUUAACAUCAUAACACACACUUGUAUAUAAAGUACAGUGUAUUUGUAUUAAUUUGAAAUGUCAAUAUUUUCUCUGUGAAAUUGUUUUACAUAUGUUUAUUUUUUACUUUUCUAUUUUAGUGUAUAA